GGCCACAGGCCUUCAAGAACCACUGCCCAGCACACUGGUCAGACAUGACACUUCGAGACUGAGGCUGAGAGCUGCUAUCAUAGUUGUAAUAGCGGCCUGGAGUACAGGAAAGGCAAACAGUCUCUCAUAGGCUUCCUGGCCCCGGCUGAGGAUGGAAGAAAACUUAUCCUGGACAUCCUGUGCCGCACAUAGAACAGCCAUCUGGACCGUCACAGCCACAGCUGCCAGCCACAGCCCUCCACACUUUGUGUUUACUCCGUGGACUGACUCAGGAUGACUUGAGAGUGAUGCUUCCUGUCCUCACAUCCAUUUGUUCCUGUUACUAGGAGCUGUCUCUCCCAGGAUAGAGUGGACCUCUCCUCACCUCCUCCUUAAGAGUCGACAAUAGAUCUGAUUCCGGAGCUGCCAUGAUUGAGGUGGUAGCAGAGUUGAGCCGGGGUCCUGUAUUUCUGGCGGGGGAGGCGCUGGAGUGUGUGGUGACCGUCACCAACCCUUUACCUCCUACAGCCACUUCUGCAUCCAGUGAGGCCCUGGCCUGGGCCAGUGCACAGAUACACUGCCAGUUCCAUGCCAGUGAGAGUCGAGUAGUGCUGCCUCCCCCUGACUCUAGUCAACCAGAUGUCCAGCCUGACAGCCAGACUGUCUUUCUGCCUCACCGAGGCGAAAGGGGUCAGUGUAUCCUUUCUACCCCACCAAAAAUUCUAUUUUGUGACCUGAGGCUAGACCCUGGAGAAUCAAAGUCAUACUCCUACAGUGAAGUGCUGCCCAUAGAGGGACCACCCUCCUUUCGCGGUCAGUCAGUCAAGUAUGUCUACAAAUUGACCAUUGGCUGCCAGCGUGUCAACUCACCCAUCACUUUACUCAGGGUUCCUUUGAGGGUUCUUGUGCUGACUGGCCUUCAAGAUGUCCGGUUUCCCCAGGAUGAGGCUGUAGCCCCAUCCAGUCCAUUCUUGGAGGAGGAUGAAGGUGGGAAGAAAGAUUCAUGGCUAGCUGAGCUGGCUGGGGAGCGUCUCAUGGCUGCUACAUCCUGCCGAAGCCUCCAUUUAUACAAUAUCAGUGAUGGCCGAGGGAAAGUUGGGACAUUUGGCAUCUUCAAAUCUGUGUACAGGCUCGGCGAGGAUGUGGUGGGGACCUUAAACUUAGGAGAAGGAACUGUAGCUUGUUUGCAGUUUUCAGUAAGCUUACAGACUGAGGAGCGUGUACAGCCUGAGUACCAGCGGCGCCGUGGGGCAGGGGGUGCCCUCUCUGUGUCCCAUGUGACUCAUGCCCGGCACCAGGAGUCUUGCCUACAUACAACUAGAACCAGCUUCUCUCUCCCCAUCCCUCUCAGCUCCUCUCCAGGCUUCUGCACUGCUGUUGUGUCCUUGAAGUGGCAAUUACAUUUUGAAUUUGUAACAUCUCGAGAACCAGGAUUGGUACUGCUGCCCCCUAUGGAACAGUCCGAACCUGCCACCUGGACAGGUCCUGAGCAGGUGCCUGUAGAUACCUUCAGCUGGGAGCUCCCCAUCAAAGUGCUGCCUACAAGCCCCACUCUGGCCUCAUAUGCUGUCCCGGGCCCCAGCACCAGCACCAUAACCAUCUGAAACUGGCCUACCUGCCCACGAUGGCACUGGUUUCUUCAGGAUACUAAGAAUUCCAUACUUCAACUCUGAUAAGGCCCACUUUUUCCACUUGGGACCCAGUGGCACAGACAGUGGGAGGCAGACUUUCAGCUGUAGCAUUAAUUUAUUUAUUCAGAAUAAAUUGGCAGCUGCUAGUGGUUUCCCUGGAAGUGGCAGCAGCAGUGAGCAGUCAGCAGAUGGAUGAUCAGGUGAGUCUAGCUGGAGUGGGGAGCAGGAGCCCCAGGAACAGGGGUGUUAGCUGAGCCCCACUCUAGGUCGGGCCCUCCGCCUUUGCAGGGUAGCCGAGGAUCAGAUUUUUGCACCAAGGAAAAUUGGCAGGUUCCUGUCUCCUGAUGAACCUCACAUCCAGCAGGGAAGUCAAUGGGAUGCUGAGACCUGAGGAACCAAGGAUGGGGAGUCAGCACAGUGAAUGAUCACCUUUAUAGGCCCCCGUACCCUCCCACAGUUGUCUUCCCAUGUCCUACUUUAGUGUCCCCUGCUCCUCCUGACUAAGUUCUUACCUACUAUAUAAAAACUUUAGUUUUGUAGCAGGAGUAUUUUCCUCCAGAUCCACCUCAGGCUCCUUCACUGUGUAGCCUGAAGGCUUAUCUUUCUCACUCUUGUUGCUACCUGCAGGUCUGGCUAGUCUCAUACUUCUCCCUGUUCAUUCUUACCUCACAGCAGUGCAGUCACUCCCUGGCCAUCCCUCAGUAAGUUACAUCAGAGGCGUUCCCUCGGGUCAUUCUUGGUUACUCACGUGUCGCAGCAGCCCACACCGACAGGAUGCAGACAGGUGCAAUGGAAACAGUCCUUGCGGAGCCAAGACUCACCCAGGGUGAAAUAUUUCCCCUCAUAAUGACAGGGAGCUGGGGAACAAUGAGUAGUGUUAGUGGGUGUGGGAGUGGUGGUAGCAGACAAGUCUCUUCUGGUCUGGGGUGGGAGAGAGUUGGUGCAUACUAACCCCAUGAUUAGUCUUUCCUGUUUCACAGUUGGAGGGAGUCAGGGUAUUCUGACAAAGGAUCACCUCCAAUCCCUUGCUGCCACUCUCGCUGCCCCCCCCACCUCCUCCAACUUCUCAACCUUUCCUAGCCCCUCACUCCACUUUACCUUGAGCUUGGAAGUAACACUUGCUGUGGACUGCUGGGUACUGCAGGAGUAGAGACACCAGCAAGAAGAUGAUCCCCCAGCCUCCUAGGGUCCCCUUGGCCUGUCCAGCCCAGAGCAUUCUUAGGGCCAUUUCUGUGGCACAGCCUUCUCGGACCCUUCUUAGCUUCUAUUCAGGCUACUCUGGUCUUGUCCUUAUGGCUUUUCUUCAAUUUGCUCCUUGAGUCUUAGUUUCUUUCUCUCCCUGGCUUCUGUCUCACACCAUCUCCAUGCCUUCUUGCACAGGCUGAGGAUGUUUAUAAAGUGAGGACCCUGGCCCCCUGCUGAGUUUAGCUGGAAAUGCUGUAACUGUUUCCUGAGGUGAGGGCAUGAAAACAAGAGGUCCAGCUUUAACAAGCUGUGAGAGCUGAUUCAUACCCCUGCACAGUCUCCGCACAGCUUGAAGGAGGGCGGUGGCCAUGGAGGAGGCACUGGACUGGGCACUUCCCCAGCAAGGAGGUGGGACGGAUGCAGGCCCCAUGUGGUGCCCAGAUCUCCCUGACCUGGAGAGAGGAAGCAUUCUACCACCCCCCACCCCCCCAGUACCACAAGGGGUGUGUGUUGGGAUCCCUGCCUGAACCAGAGGGAGGCAUUUCCUGAGGAUGGCUAAUUCUGUGCCCUAGCCAAACGAAGGAGCUGCAGCAGGGUGCAGUAGCCAGAGGCUCCAGAAGAGUGAGCAUGCACCUGGAGUGCAGUGUUUCCCUCAGAUCCUGGGCAGGGUUUCCCUCUUGGCAUCUGAGAAACAGGGCUGCUUUCCAAAGAUGGGAAGGGGGUUUCUUUUUUUCCUCAGUCAUCCCAGAGAUCAACUGUCCAUUGUUUAUCACCCUCAAACACAAAAUGUAUACAAGAUUGUCCUUGGCUUGGGAUGUUUCUGUGCUCCUUUGAAAGAGGAGCAUCUCUAAACCCCCAAAAGGGGGAUCCAUCACCAGUUUCCCAGGAAUCAGUCACCAGUUUCCUCAUGAUGGAAUUUAGGAAUUUAUCCUACUUUUGAGUCUCCUGCAGGUUUUGGAUUACCUACAAUGGUGACUGAGAGCAGAGGCUAUAGAGUCAGGCUACUGGGGUUCAAUUCUGACUCCACUUCCUAGCUAUGUGACCUUAGGCAAAUUACUUCACCUCUCAGGCUGUUUCCUUAUCUAUACAUUGGGAACAGAAAUGCCAACUCAGAGAAUUGUUAUGAGGUAGCACAUGGACUGCUCUCUGCACUAUUUCUGACACAUAUACCCCUCAGGAAAGAUUAGCUACUGUGAUUGCUGGUAAAACUCAAGAGACAAAAUGGGUGGCAUUUUUUGUUUGUUUGCUUGAAAGACACCAAGCAAUUUUGUGUGCACAGCUGAGGGUUUCUGUUGGGGACUCUCCUGGCUGACUUGGGUCUCCUUCAUACCCAUGCUCCAUGCUACCCCUACCAUAUCCUUCAAAAACAGAUACUGUCAGGAGCAUUUUGGUUUUUGUCCAUAUAUUCUUGAACUCUGAAUUUGGUUUGAGAAAUGAAGUUGCUGAUCUGUGUGCUUUCCUCACACCAGUACCAGCACCUCUGCCCUGGGAAGAGGUAUCAUUUUCUAAUCUUCUAUUUUUGUUAGCUGUUUUGUUUUUUGACACAGGGUCUCAUUAUGUAGUUCAGGCUAUCCUUGAAGUCACUGUGUUGUCCAGGCUGGCCUUGAACUUGAAGCAAUCCUCCUGCCUCAGCCUCCCGAGUUGUGAGAUUACGGGCAUUUGCCACCAUUCCUGUCUUCUGAUCCUCUUUCCAGCCAAUUUUAGUUACUUUUUUUUUUUUUUUUUUGCUUUUUGGGGUUUUUUUUGUAUCGGGCAUCAAACUCAGUCCCUGUGCUGGCGAGGCAGGUGGCGGCACCACUGAGCUAAAUCCUUGUCCCCUGCUUUUUAAAAAAUUUUUUGGUGCUGAGAACCAAACCCAGGGCCUCAUGCUUGCUAGACAAGUGUUCUACCACUGAGCUAAAUCCCCAGGCCCUAACUUUUGUACUGUUCCUUUCUCAUUAGAAUUCUGAUCCACUUCCCAUCCCCACUCACAUGAAUUCUCAAGUUUGUUCUCUCUCUCCCUUUUUCUUUUCUUUUUUUUUUUUUGUGUGUGUGUACUGGGGAUUGAACACAGCGCUACACUGUAUUCACACUGAGCUACAGCCCCACUCCUUUUAUUUUGAGACAAUCUCACUAAAUUGUCUGGGCGGGGCUUGAACUUGCAGUUCUCCUGCCUCAGCUGAGAAUGCUGUUAUUACAGGCAUUUACCACCAUGCCUGGCUCACUUCUCCCAUCUGACCCAGUCUUGGCCAUAUUUUUGGUGCAACAGUCCCUGGUCAAACUGGAUUUAUUUUUCUUUUCUGUACUUCAGAGGACCAUGUACCAGCUAUUCCCCUCCCACCUACAAGGCCAAUCACUUGGGCAUUUAUUCUCUUCUUAAGUUUACUCUCAUUUACUGCAAGACUCACUGCCUACUGCAUCGUGCAUCAAAUACAACUACUUCUGGCCUCCUUUUGCAGAGAGCUAUCCUGUUUGUCACCUCUUCCUUCAGAAACCACUGUCAGUGUACGACAGACUCUUUGGACGUCCUCUUUCAAGAUACCCUUUCCCUUUCAAAGGAGUCCCAAGACAGGAAAAUCCAUUUGUAUAAGGGUGGCCUGAGGUAGGCCAGUGUCUAGCACAGAGAUGCAGACGUCUCACCAGUGGUCUGUAGCUCCAUUGCUGCCUUUGGGCAGAGGGGGAGGUGGGUGUCCAUUUGACACCCAGACCACUGGGCUGUGGAAUGUCUUUUUCUGCAACCUGGGGGCGGGCCUGAGUGGGGAACUGGGGAAGGCAGGUGAUGGUGAUAGAAGGUGGUGGGGAGCCCUUUGGCUGUGGGUGUGUGUGUAAGGGUUAGCCACCUGGAAGGGAGAUGAUUAGGUCUGUGGAGGUAGGUGUGUAGGGAGGCUUCAGGGAAGGGAGAGGCUGAGCUGAGCAGGGAUUCCUCUCCCACAUUUGGGGGUCCGGGAGCGGCACAGAGGUGUUGGGUGACCACGUGCGAGUUCUUAAUGCAAGUGUAGGGGUUGUCAGUGGUUAGGGCCCAGCCUAAAGUCCCGGGAGGAGAGGCUGUUUGGGACUCCGGUGGCCGCAGGGUGGGAGGAGCGGCUGGCGUGCACUGCUUUGGGAUAAGGAAAACAUCCGCCGGAGGCCUGGCUGGGCUGCCCUCCAGCGGCCCAGGCAGGUUCUUGGGGCGAGGAAGUGAGUGCAUUCCGGUCCCCCCAGGCUGGCAGCUGCCGUCCACCUCCUAUGAGUCACCUCGACCCCCACCUGCCCGCAAUGGGAGGCAGAGUACAGCGACCUUGGGGGAUCCUAGGGGGAAAAAUUAUAUGAUAGAGGGGUCAGUGAGGGGCCUCUAUCUUACUGCACCCAAAGCACGCCGAAUAUGUAAGUUUGUCGUGGAAUGGAGGUGGGAGGGGAGAAAGCCUCUGGAAGAAUCUUGAGGGUAGGAGGAGGCCACAGGAAGAUCGCACGGAGAGGGAAAGGGGUCUGUGGAAGUGGGGUGGGAGAAGCCAAGAAAGGAAAGUGGAGCGCUCUUGGCCUGGAGUAACAGGAAGGAAAACGUCCAGGUUAGGCUUUCGAGAGCAGAAACUAAUGCAAGGAGAGAUUCCCAUCAAGUGGCCAAUUGGCUACUUGCAUCAUGAGAUCUGUCCAGAGGUCUCUUUGGACAGCAGGGUAGGUUUUAGGGAGUAGUGGGAGUUGGGCUAUUUGGGUACAGCUGUGGCUAGGUUAUCAAAGGUUUUCAUUGUGGAGAUGAGGGAUUCUGAUUUGGUCUUGCAGGUAGCAUGCAGCAGUAGUAGGUGGUUUAUAAGCCGGGUAUUCUCCACACACUGGGAAGCUGGGGAGUUCAGUGAUUUAUCAAGACCUUGUCUCAAAAUUUAUAAAGUGCAUGGCAGGAGGUGGAGGGGGGAACAGGGUGGGGGGGAGUCUGGGGUUGUAGCUCAGUGGUAGAACUCCCCUAGGUUGAACCCCCAGUAUCAGUGACAGGGUUACUCCCAGUAACCGGGUUAUUAAUCUAGCAUCACUGUCCGCUGGCUUUUGCCCCCCACCCCAAAAUACUGAUGUGCUCAUUUUUAUGGUAAUUUAAAAUUGCAUGGUUCUACCUAUCAUGAUUUAAGUAAUUUUGUUGAAUUUUAAAAGCUAAGUUGAAAUAAAAUUUGAAAAGUUGAAAA